CCAACAUGGAGUCGGACCAGUUGAAUUUGCAGGAAACACCUAUUAACAAAACAAAUGAACAUGACUCCUUCAUUCGAGACAUUCAGGACAAUCUUCCAUCUUCAUCCAUUUAUGUGUUUUUCUUGUCCAUAUUUCUAGCCCAGGCCUGGGUUGUUUAUAUCACCCUCUACAAUUCACGAGUGUUUGGUUUGAUUAUUACCGUGAUUGUCAACAAGUUUGUGAAAUAUGGGCAUAUUAAGUUUGGAUCAUUUUCCUUCUCUGUGUUGUCUGGGAAAAUUAUGCUGCGAGAUUUCCAUUACAUAACGGAGGAUUUCUCUGUACGGAUACAGUAUGGAUGGAUUAUUUUUAAAUGGUGGCAGAAGUAUAUCCCAAAAGAUCUUAAUGAAGAUUUAUCACAUAUGGAAACAAGGGUUCAGAUGUUUUUAGAUGGCUUCCAAGUUCACGUCUACAAUAAAACAGGCACAUAUGACAGACUUGAUAAAUUAUUUGAUGGUACUGCAGAUUUAAGUGACCCAGUGCAGGAAGUUCCCAUUUCCAAAAACAAUGGCUCAGGGUUAUCAAAUGUAAACUGGAGAGAUCUCAUACCAGUAAUCAAAGUAGAAAUGUCGUCGGGAAGAAUUAUUUUUGGAAAUCACCUAGUUCCCCACUCACUGAUAUUCAGUUUUGAGGAUGGACAUUUCACCUACACUACAAAGCCAGCCUCCACCCCGUUUGACCAGUUUAUGCAUGAUGCCAUUGGUAGAGCAGAGAAUUUUAAACUCAUGUUUGUACAAAGUAACAAAUACACAGGGCCACUUGAUGAAGCACCUCGGUACAUGGGAGAAGGAUUUAUUGUUCUACAGACUAGAAAGAUAGAUGUACAUUUUUAUAUGGAUGAACCAGGUAUUGUUCCUUAUGAACCAGAGAGCGUAGAGCUAGCUGAUGGAGAGACUGUUGUUCGCAGGACUUAUCCUUGUCUUGGAAUGGAUGUCAAAUGUGGAAAAAAUACAGACAUUAACUAUGGUCCAUGGGUAGAUAAACAAAGGGAGUUGCUGUGGAAGUUUUUCUAUCCAGCUGACUAUCAAGACAUGGUGCCAACAGAAGAGGCCAAACCAGGGGAAUACAGAAACUAUAAGAAAUUUGAGUUCAUGAUUAACCUAAUGCAGACCUCCACUGUGGACAUUCUAUUCACAAAAGACUCCGAAACCCAGGCAAUUCACAUGGGCACAGGUCAGGGGUCAUAUAUUGAGGUCACAGUUCCCUGGGUCACCAGUCCUGAGGGUUACACCACCACAGUUCAUGGUCAGCUACUUCUCGUGGAUGCCACUACCAGUCUUCAAUACAGGUCACUGGUGGAGUGUGAAACAUUUGAGUUCACAGUAAAAGCAUUUUACCCAAUAACUUGGAAUGGCCAUCAGGAUUGGACCUGUGACUUCAUUGCCUGUAAAACUACUGUCUGUCUGAUAUUCGAACACAAACAUUUCUUCACUGACCUGAUCAAUGAUUGGUCGGUGAAGACCGUCCCUGACAUUUAUCAUUUUGUGCCCUACACCUGGACCAUAAACCUACAGAUAAAAGAGUUUGAGCUGAUUUUACUGACCAAUGAAUACAACUGGAUUGACACCUCAUCUCAUCAACCAGAAAAUGCUCACAUCGCUUUCUGUGGUGACCUGCUGGACAUGUCUCUGAUUCUGCCUUAUGAUGACUUCCUACCAGAAACAGUCCAUGUUGGACUAGUCUUCAAGGGAGAAACGGCAUUUUGUCGCCUGUAUCUACCAGAAAACAACACCAGUCGCCAUGUUUUACUAGCUCUGUCUAAAAACAUGAAACUGAUGGAUCGUAAUGGACAGAUCAUAGAAGAUCCAUUUGGAACAAAGAAAAAGCAAUGGAGAAGAAUGACACAGGCCAGUGAUGGUUGGAUUGACUGUUGGACCACCUCUAAUGUUGCCAUCAGUAUUGGUUAUACCUAUCAUCCCAUGCCUGUUCUACUACAACAAGUCCCCCAGUCUGGGGAUGAGGAGUCCCUUUUGGCCCCCCUUCGUCCCUCCAAAUACCUUCACCCUCAGCCACCGGAUAACUUUGACCCUGGGGAGAUGGAAUCAGACUUGAUUGCAGUGGAACUAGAAGUAGCACCUUCCAUGCUUUGUGUUUAUGGUUCACUUCUAAGAAAUUUCCUUCAUGUCAAGGAAAAUUAUUUAGGAGAGGAUCAGAAAUUUACAGAUUUUGAGGAUGGCUCCCAGACCCCAGGAAAAGAGGGACUGGGGAAUGUGGGUCCCCUGUUUGUAGAGGAGUGUGAUUUACCAGGGCCAUUUGAUGAGAGAUACUACCGUCCCUUUGCUGUCACUGUGUCUCUAGCUAUACAUGAUGUUCACGGACAUCUGGUGAAGAACUGUAAUGUUGAUAGUUUGCCUUGUCCAAGCAUCAUGUUGGAGAGGCUCUGCUUUGAGAUGGACAAGGCUUACAAGGAAACAAAACUACAACUUCUCUUGUCUCCAGCAAUCCUUAUUGCAAAGGACACAUUCCAGAGGGAUAAUGGGGCAAAGCAUCUAAAUGAAGGUCACCUUGGGUUGUCAGGGUUACAGGUCAGAGGUCAUGCCAUGUUUUCCCAUGAGGGCUUGCCCCUGGACAGUGAGACCUUAGAGUAUGGUUGGUUAGUAGAGGCCAUUAUUGGUGACCUGACUGGGAAGCUCACUUCUCCUCAGCUCCAGAAUCUGAUAGAGUUUAUACAAACAUUCAUCAUGCUGGUGGAGGAUCCAGAGAAUUGCAUGGAGAGGUCUGUCCCUUACAGAUUCUGUCAACACAUGCUACCCCAGCCCCAGUGUCGAAUGCUGCCUCAGUACAAUUUCCUUUGUCCAACCUCAGAAGAGAUCAAAUACCAGAUGGUCAGAGUAUCCCUAGACUCUGUCAACUUCUGCCUGGUAGAGACUGGGACUGCCCUAAAUGUCCAGGUCAGUACAGUGAAACUGUCCACCUGUAACUUACAUGGUACCAACACAAGAGCAGGCAUUACAGGGAGAAUAGAAAAUUUUUCACUGCGGCAGUUCAUCUCAUCCGCUGUCCUCAAAACCGAUGAAUCCCAUCCAGAACUUUGGCUGGAGUCUGGAAGUUUAAUAUUUGGACCUUUAGAUGCUGAGGCUGCUAUGGCUCUACCUAAUCCAGACUUCCAUGCUCUUCAAGACAAAUUCUUGAGGAUUCAUGACAAAAAAACAAAAAGAUUGUGGUUUCUUUGGCCAGUAAGUGAACUGAAAGUUCAGCCGACUGUUGUGGGCAAGUGUGGGUGUCAUGGAGGAUGUGUUUUCUUUGGAAGUAAUAGAAAUGGUGUAGGAUUUUUCAGUCAUAGAAAAUCCAAAGAUCCAUCUUCCAGGGCAAUCCUUCAGGUUUCUCCUCAGGGGCAAGAUCCAGGUUUUGGACAGAGUUUAUUAGUCAGAGACAAGCUGGUAUUUGAAGUUCUACCCAAUAAUGGGGAACUUUCACCAUGUAAGAAUUUCACUUUCACCAGAGGUUACAUGAGUGACAUGUUAACUCCAGAAUCCCCAGGAACUAAUAUAACUGUGAUAGAAGAUCCCUCUUUGAGCCUCGGUCAAGCUGGCUCCACACCUACUGUAAGUAAAGUGGAUCAUGACCAAGCUAGUGAUAUUGGGACUAAAGAUCAAGUAGAUUCAGUGAAAACAGACUCUUCGGACAAGACAGUUAGUCCUGGAUCAGAUACAUUUCAACAAGAUUCUCUCACCAGUCCAAUAUCUGAAACUCGUAGCCUGGUGUCAAGGCUAAGUAGCAUGGAGGAAGGAUUUGGUAAACAAACAUCUAGUGUCACAAGUUCACCAAUACUUGGAGGAAGAAGGAAACUAUCUGUUGAUUUUGAGGAUGUCAAGUCAUCUAGAACAUCAAUAUCUAAUGCAUCAAAGUCUUCACCCAAGAGUUUAAGACAGGAGAAGGCAUAUUCAGUUGUGUCUUUAGAGAGUGAGAGGUAUUACUCUGCAGAGGAAGACAAUUUGGAGAAUACCACUGUUAUGUCAGGUGGCAGCAUUGAUAACAGCAUCUUAUCCACUGAAAGUCAAGAUCAGACACUAAGAUCAGUAGACACUGAUCCAUCCAAUGAAACUGUUAUCUUCCAGCCAUCCACAAAACCUUUGGUGGAAAGACAGGAAAGCGGAUCCACAACAGCCUCAACACUGUCUUUUGAGUCUGCCGCCACAGAACAGAGUGACUAUUCUGAUGAAUUAGACUCUCAAGAACUCUUAGAGAAUUUCUCUAUGGUUGAUUUACAUGGCCAAGUGAAUAAACCAAUCACAGAAUCUCCAAUACUCAUGAACUGCUACUCAGGUCACCUGACUCAGUAUGAUUGCAAGGAUUGGUCCUCUCCUCAGCCAAUCCAUGGUUCUGGUGAGAUGAAGCACAACCAAUCAGCAUACUCCCUGUCUUCAGUUAGUCAGUCUCAGCAAUUCAUACAUAGUCCUGCUUGUCUACCACAUUUCAGAGGAAUAAGACAAGGGUUCUCCACAGGACUAAUGACAACGAAAGAGAAAUCAAUUCCUGAUGCACAAGAUCCAUGGACAGCUACAGAUGGAAAUGUUCCACAUGGGGUGAUGGCAGAAGAAACACUUUUGGAGAAUGCCUCUAUUACAACUGGGGUGGUCAAACUUCAUGGCUCAAUGGACAUAACUAUCACACCACUCUUCCUAGAAUCUUUCCAAAGAUAUGCUGAAGCAGUGACACCAACUCUAGAAUCACUUCAUCCAAACUCCAUCAUUGAUGGUCUACACAGUCAGUGCCUGGAGCGACUGAAGCGGCAAAAUAGACUUAAGAAAGAGAAGAGUUCUGAGGAUGGCACAGAGAAGCUGGUUCCGGAAAGACAAUUCAGUACCGAGAGUCGUAACCAGGAGGGACAUAUGAAAACAUCAAGUAUACAGGCACUGCUCACAGUGUCUAAGAUCAACAUUUGUGUUUUACAAGCUGGAUUAGUAGAGGAGGUCAUCUCUUUCUCAGCUCUGGAUAAUCUUCAUGACUUGACCUGUGUCUCCCUUCUGGCCCUGUGUAUAGACAAUGUGGAGUGUCAGUUACUGUCCAAUAGUCACUCUUGUAAAACACUGACAGAUUCCAUUCAGGUCAACAACCCACAGAUGUCCCCCAAAAAGAGGCCAGGAAGAACUUCAACAGAAAUCAAUUUUACAGAGAGACAGGCAGAGAAACAGCUAACGGAGGUUUGUCGAGAAGAGGAUGUUGGGACUCUGAAGAUAGCCAGAAUUCAUCUACAGUUACAAAGACUUCUAAAACAUAGUAAUUAUAUGGAUGACAUUCAUUUGACAGCUAUCCCUGAGCACAGGUCAAAAGUUUUGUUUAAAUUUGAUGAAUUCCCAAUCUCAGGAGCUUCAGGGUUUAUGAAGAUAAGGCGUAGUAGUAGUGCCAGGAAAGAUUCUGUGGUGAAUUCUCCAAAAUCAAGACCAAGCAGACACUCCUCAUUUAGCAGACAGACUAGUCGAGACAGUGAGGGAAGAGGGGGAACUCUACCCAGACUCUUCAAACAGGGCAGUUUUGAGGAAGAGAAAAGGCCACCAAAACUUCGAAGACAGGAAAGUAGAGAAUUUUAUCACAGUCAUGACAGAGGCAUUGGGUAUAUAAUGUUUGAAUGCGGAUUAGAAGAAAUCAAAGCCACUGCUGUUAGGAGACUGGGGUUUAAAGAUAUCACUGAUGCAGAUUUUCAAAGGAAAAUGGACAAUAUUUCCAAGAAAUUGGAAGAUAUUCAGAACUCUACAAAGCAUGAAAUUAAUUGGCAUCUAGGUGAUAGAAAGGAAAAAGAUUCCCCAACAAAGCGAGAUCCUCCCAAAAGGCAGGAUGCUACAGAUGUAUCGUCUGUUCACUCUUGGGAUUCAAGGGUAUCCAUUCCAUCAAGUUGCUCUAGUAUGGGAGACACCCAUACAAAUGAGGAUCUGAAGGGGGACGCUUCCAGUGGAAUACUAGAACUACAUACCAUCUGGCUCAACUUUGCUGCUCCUCCACCCAUUUCAAUCAAACGCAAAGUCGACUUUACAAGGCUAGACUGGAAUCUUCUCAGUACUGCUACAACUGCCAUUAAUGCCUGGUUGAACCCAGCUGACCGUUUGGUGACAGAGAUCAGGUCAAUGAUUUUGACCCUUACCCACAGAACAAGUUCUGUCAUUGCCUGCAUAAUGACAAAUGCCCUGGAGGUAGAAGGAAUCAAACUACCCAAAAAGAGCAAAUACAGUAAAGUGACAACUCUUGCCUCAACUCUACUGGAAGAGCCUUCAUGCCAGCUGCUAACAGCAUUAAGGAGGUACCUCAACAAGGUGGGAACACAGCCAGUGGAGGAGGCGGUGGUAUCUGACACCAUCCCCCAGCUCAUCACAAUCCAGAAAGGCAUCCUAGCCCUCACCAGGCAGUGGAAGAACCUCCUAUAUAUGCCUCAGAUGUCUAAAAUCAAUUUUAAAGACAGGAAAAGUGUCCGACCUUACACUGUGAAAUUUGCUCUUCCUGUUAAUGGAGAUGAUGACCUGCGUGUUGAACUAGAGAGCACAAUAGAACAAAUGGAUACGGUGGAUGAGCAUGCCUCAUUACUUCUGUCUGAGGAGAGGUCUGUCCACCAUUCCACAUCUGUUCCGAGUUUAAAUGAGAAUGUGGAGCAGCCAGAAGCAGAAAGCAGAAAUUCUUCAGUGAGACGGAAAAUUCUGGGAAAGGUUCACCAAUCUGCCUCAGGGACACCUCCAACAACUAGCCUCUUUGAUUCACCAGACAGAAAACCCACGUUGUUUAGUAAGCUUAGUGCUAACCUUCAGACACCAAACAUAGCCAGAAAUGAAAGUACAUACAGUUUCCACUCAGCAGCAGCAAGUCUGACCAGUUUAGAAGAAACUCCACCUGCUACCCCAAUGAAAGUAGAAUUACCAAAGGCAUCUAUUUUAAAGAACAGAGAGGAUAAAAUCAGUGAUUUGUACCACUGGAUGGCCAUGCAAAGGGAUGAUGAAUUCCAGCAACCCUAUGAUGAUAAUCCUACAAUGAAGAGGCAUGAUUCACUCAUCAAUGCUUUUGGAAGUGCUUGGAGUCAAGACGACAGUAAGCUGGAUCUUACAGACCAGCAAUUUAAUUCUUUGACAUCAAUCAUGCAAUUGGCUGAUGCACAGAGCUUUUUCAAACCAUUCUUGCAAAGUGUUGGUCUGCAUGUUGAAGGAGUCAGACCCUCAGCAAUGAUGAAAAAAUUUGGUGGAGUUCUGUCUUUAGAAGGAAAACUGAAAUACCUUAAGAUUGAGAUUUCGGAUUCUGGAAAAAGAAAGGGUAAAGGGAAAAGUAAGAAACAUCGGACAAAAUUAUUGAAUCUGACUGAUGAGAUGCCAGCUUUUAUGUGCCAUGACUUCUGUGUCAGUGUAGGAAUGAAGGAUGUGAUAGAUUUUGAUAGCAAAGAAUCAGGAGAGACAUUCGAUCCAAACUGUCAGCUUAAUUUUGCCAUGCACAAACUAGAAGCUAAACCAACAACUUUGCAAGUGAAUUUCAUGAUCAACUGUAAUUCAGUGACUCAGCAUGUGGAUAUGCCUUUGUUAAGGCUUAUACACCAGUUUGUUACAAUGGCUGAAAAUGUGGAAGAAACUCGUAAUGAACUAAAACAGAGUAAUUCUACUGGUGAGUGGACAAAAACUCACAGGAAGCAGGGAUCAAAAGGAUCUAGCUCUAGUGCAGACACCCAGGCCUCUAACAUGUCAGAGGGACUCAGUCCAGUGUCAACAGAAAUAACUCCCAGUACACCUAGUACAUGGAAACCAGACAUUAGUGUGAAGCAGUCUGUUGCUGUUAAGCCUAAUACUUCUAAAACUGAAUCAGAAAAAUCUCCAAGGGAGGAAAAGUCCUUAGGGGAGGAAAAGUCCUUAAGGGAGGAAAAGUCCUCACAAGGAGGAGUAGAAAGAGGAGGACUGACAGAGAGCCAGUCAACUGGUGUCCUCACUCCUCCUCAGUCCUUGAACCUCAGUGAGACGGUGACAAUAGAUAUAGAGGAAACAUCCUCACCUGCAGUAACAGAGAAGACCUUCAUUGAUGAGAUCCAUGCCACUACUCCUAAAUGCUGGAAAACAUUGUAUCAUUUGCUAGAACUGUAUUCCACCAUGCCAGAACCCAAAACAGUCAAGAGGAAGCCAUCCUCAAAGUUACCAGUCAUCGAGGAGGAAUCAGAAGCUGAGGUUCAUGAGGAAGGGGAGGAGCCACAGGAAGUGCCCUCAGAUGAAAGUAAGACUGGAAAUAAUGCUAAGCUUGAGGACCUAAAUGAGGAGGAAAAGAACAUUGGCAUACCAAGUAAAGCCAGGCAAUCUAUCACCCAAGCCAGAUUCAAACAAAGUAUUUAUGUUGGAGAAACAAUUCCUUUGGUUGUGUUUGGCAUUGCUAAAGUAGAAGAAGUUAAAAUCCUGGCAGUUCUGAGUGGACUGAAGCUUGAAGCCAAACUGAAAAAUGUGCAUGCCAGUGGCACUUACAGAGAAAAAGUGAAAGGUUUUGUCCAGAGAAAGUCAUCAGAAUCCUCAGUCACAGCUCACAUUGGACACACCUUGGUACAGCUGUUUGAGGGGAUUCCCCCAGAAAUGAAAACAGUGGUCACUGUUAACAUUGAUAAGACCCAAGCUCUACAUACAACCAUUUUGAGGAGAGGCAAGGAACAUAACUCUGCCAUGAUUUCCGUAGGAAUGAUCGAGGUGGAUAUUCCACAGCACCCUGUGGUUCUCCACGGUAUGAUGACGAGGGGCUCAAAGCAAAUCUCCAGUACAUUACAGGAGUUCAGAAGACCAGUGUCUAGAUCAAGUCGAAAUUUAGAGACUGUUCAGGAAGUCAGCAGUGCAGAGACUUGUACUGGUGAACCUGUCCGUAAACCAAAGGUCCCGCCCAAAGAGGAGGAAAAACUCAAUCGUCCCAAAUUCCUCCACAUCCAUGUCAAGGCCGUAUUUCAAGGCCUCAUCACAGGGGCUUCUCUGUUACCCUCUCUUAAAGCUCAACACAAGACUGGCCCUGUUUCCCUGAGUGGAAUGACUGGUAAAAAAUCCCGAUUUACAAUGGAUCUCCAAAAGCACCAACUCAGCUUUAAAUCCAAGGUGCAGACAACUGAAACCUCCCUUCCCUCUGAGGCGGAGAUAGAGCUACCUCCCAUACACAUGUACGCUGACUACCGACCCCACAAGCAGAGUGAGACCCCAUCUGACAAGCUUGGGGAGGGGCUGGUCCUUAAGGAGGGAGACUUCUUACAUGCUGUGGCAGAGAUAGGAAUGCUGGAACACAGUCUGACUACUGAUCUUCUCAAUCAUUUAGUCUUUGUGCAAAAAGUUUUCAUGAAGGAAGUGAAUGAGUUGGUACAGAAAGUGUCAGGGUCAGACCAGCCUGUACCCCUGUGGGAGGGGGGUGAGGAAGAGAAGCCAACCACCCAGGAUCUCCUCUAUUCCUUCAGCUUCAGGUUCAAGGGAAUUCAGAUUACGGCCACCACUCCCACAUCGAGUGCAGUGAGGUUAGAGACGGGGUCUGUUGACCUGGAGGUGUCCAACCGAGUGUUAAUGGCCACAGAGGAUAGGAAACAAAAGGCAAACAAAGUUAAUGAAAAAAUGUUCAUUAAGGCUCAAGUAAACCUAAACUUAGCACUGGGUCAACUUAUCAAGAACCCAAUGUUUGAAGAAGCUGAGCCUGAAUUCCAGACUAUGGCAUUUUUCAAGACAAAAAUUGGAAUAAGAAAUGCUUUACAGGAUGAGUUGAUUCCGGGAGCUGCCCAGGACCAGGAGGCCCUACUUAUCACCCUGACCCGACCCAUCAUACUGGCUCAGCCACUGGCAUUUGAUAAAGCUGUGCUGGUUUGGUUGAACUACAAGAAUGCAUAUGAAUACUGGACAGAACAGAGAAUGGCCCUAAAUACCGAGGUGUUAAAUGCCACCAGACAGGUGAUUGACAGGAUUCCUCCCGUGAAGGCCGCUGUGUCCCCUGCCUCUCUGAGCACCCUCUUCCUACAGCUGACUGUAGACGAUAUGGGGAUAUGUGUUCCUGUUACCUCAGUCUCUCAGCUGUACCCUGCCACCCCACAGACUGUUUUCGUGGACAAUGAGCCAGGGUCAGCUUUAGUAUUGACCAUCAAGGGAACUCAGAUCUCUGCUUGUUCCUCCGGAUCACUGGUCAGCAAGGGCAGAUUUCAAGAAUUCUGUCUGCGAUUUGCUGAUGAUUUUGAGACCUCUUGGGAUGAUUGGAAGCCUGACCCCUGUGAGAACCCUGUAAUGAAUGCCUGUGUGGUUCCAGAGGGGACAUAUGAAGUAUGCUCAAGGACGAUCAGCAAGCAAACCUCAGACCCCAACAGUAAUGCUAAAUGGAUCUUGAAUGUCAGAUGGGAAAUGCAGGGCAUAGCUGUACAUCUGAACACCAACAUUGGUAAAUGUCUGUCAGCUUUAGGGAAAACUCUGACAGCCCUGGCAGGGGAAGCAGAUGAAGAAUUGUCGGAUGAUGAAGUUGAUGCACGAUCGGAUCAUGUCUUCUCUCCAAACAGUCCUUCUGAGUCGAUGGCGUCCAUCAGAAGACCGAGUCAGAUGAUGGACACACUCCCGGCUUAUGUGUAUGACACCACAAUGGACCCCAAACUGAGGUUCCGACUCAUUGAGAAGGAGAUGAAUGAGCAAGCUAGAGUUGUUCAGGACCUCAAUCAAUUAGGAGCCAGUUUACAAACUAUUGAGGUAGAGUCAAGAAAGCUGGAGGAGUUGAAAGCCAUAGUGUUCCAGGAUUUUAAAAGAGAGAUGCUGAAUAAACUCAAGAAACAAAGUGAAAGUAGGGCCUCAGCUCUGAAAGAUCAGCUAGGUAUAGGCAAUAGGCCACCUCACAUCAGAUCCAAGUCUUAUGGAGGCUCCAGAAUGGAAAGAAAAGGAGCUUUUGAUUACGAGAAGAUCAUCUCUCAGAACAGAGACAUUUAUAACAGAAACAGUGCAUGGGAGGGCACCAGAACCCUCCCUAGUAAAGUCCAGUUUGGAACCUCAGUGGCAUAUUCACCUCCAGAGACUCCAGAUUCCAUGUUGUCUAAAUCGUCCCAGCCCUACUCCCAGUACUCUAACAGUCCUAUGUUAGAUGAAAGGUCCCCGAGAUGGGCGGUCAGAGAUUCAGACUCCUCCUCCUUAUCCUCAGAGUCAUCGUCCCAGUCAUCUGACGAUCAGGAGGGGAAGGGCACCCUCACACGAGAUGUAGUAUUUGAAGAGGGUGAAAAGACAAAUUCCAUGGAAAGCUUGGAUUUUUCUAGUAAACAGAACACACUGACCCCCAGUCUGGGGAGUGGGGGGUCGUCAUCAAAGUCCACCACAGCCCCAGAACCCAACAUCGACUUUGAACUGGAUGUCAAGGUAUUCAUUGACAAUGGGAAAUGUGUGCUGCAUCCCAAGGAAGUCAAAGAAGAGGACACAGCUAAAAAACAACAAAAGAGAGAGAAGACACCUGACCCCAUGUUGUCCCCGACAUCUAAGAAGAAGAUGACCUCCACCCCUAUGUCAGCCCCAGGGAAGAAGCCCCAGACAGCCCAGCAUGUUCAGCAGAUAGAGGAUACGAUCUUCUUCUUACCCAGCAUUGAUCUCAAAGUGCAUUAUAAUUCCAAAACUCACAGCUGUGACUCAGAACUUAAGUCUAAGUCAUCUGUUGACUCAUUUGAAUCGGAGGAAACAGGAAAGAGAAAAUCACCCUCUCCUGAACCGAGUCCAUUAGACCAGGACUCGGUCCCUCGUAUGAAAUCCUGGCCUCCCUCUCAUUUCCCCACAGUAACAGUGACAGUUGAUGAGGAGCAGGAGGAGGUGAUGUUGAGGAGGAGGUGCAGUCCUCCUCCCCCUCCUAUAAAGGUCCCUCCUCGUCCUCAACCCCAUUUUACUUUGGAGUCGUUAGAAUCUAGAGAGAGUACAUCAUCCAUGCCAUCUAAGAAGUCUGGUGUCAAGAAAGCUAAUCUGUAUGCCUGGUUGUCACUGCAGUCAUUGCCAGAGGAAAUGGUCAUCAGCCCAUGUAUUUUGGAUUUUCUGGAACAAGCUUUGGAGCCAAUUCCCAUAGGUGUCACCAUGCUGCAGCAGAACAAGAAAGCAGAAGAUCAUGAAGAAAUGGAAACCUCCUACAGUUCACUGGGUACCAUGGUAACCCAGACAUCUUUCCCUGUGGAUGUGGUAGUUUUUAUCCGCGUGGAGCCCUCCAUCAUCCGCUUUAACUGUCUGCCCAGCUCACGUGUGGAGUGUCUGCUGAAGGUCCCAGCACUAGAGACGGUGUUCUCCACUAAGAGUACUGAUAUUGAUACCUCCCUAGCUGAGGGUACACCUCCUCUCAAAUCUAAAGCAUCAAAACUGAGAGAAAGGAACCCGAGUGGAUCUCGUCUCCUUGGUGAUGCACGCCCUCGGGCCAGCAGUACAAACUCUUCAGGUGAUGGUAGCUCAAUGUCAACAGGGGGUCUGAGUUUCACUGGAGCCAUGUCAGAUUUCUCCCUGUAUAUAUUCCAUCCUUAUGGGGGAGGGGUACAGAGAAAAUUAAACACAACCACAGGAUAUAACCUAGGAAGCAUUCAGGAAAAUGAACCUGCAUGGUCAGAACAAACUAGACGUGACAUGCUCAGUCUCAAUGUCGAGUUUGUAAAGAUCAACAUCUCGAGAAGUCGAAAAAUAGAACUACGAGCCCUGGACAAAGAGGCCAAGUCAAACAUUGUCAGGUUCUCAGCUAUUUGUGAUAUUGGGUCUGCAGCAUUUAAGUACGACAUGAGGCGAUUGUCAGAAAUUCUCUCCUUCCCUAAAGCCUGGUACAACAGAAGUCUGGCCAGGCGUAUGUUUCUGGGAGAUGAAAGUUACAUCCAUGUGGCAGACGACGAAUCUGAUUCAACCUCCACCGGAAGCUCCCAGGGGGAUAGCCCCGUGAGGGGCCCCGUCUCUAAACUCUUUACUUCCUCCCCCUCCCUCUCCCAGUCCAACAACCUGAAUGUUGUGAUCCCCGGUCACCAUCGGCGAAGCUCCUCAGGGGACAAGAUCAAAGUUCAACUCAGCUCUGACCUUAAACAACAGAUUGACAGCAAAUUUGUGCGAACAGCCUCCAUGCCACAGUCCCCUACCGAUUUGAUGUCCCAGGAUUCCUUCACUUAUCCUCACACAGGAACUCCAGGCUCAACAGCAAAGACUCCUGGGAAGCACAAAUCUCUUCUCCACCAAUCAGAAACUGGGAGACAUAAAAGUCACCAUAGCAGCAGUCAUGUGACACCAAAAUCUGUUUCCUGGGAGACCUUGGUGCUCUUUGCUGUUAAUCUAGCCAAGUUGGAUUUACAUGUCAACAUGAGCAAUGUCAUGGGAAACACUGUGUGGACCACACAGGAAAUCAAAAGUCAGGGGAGUCUGUCCAUUCACAGUAACGGUCAUCGUGACCUGAGGAUCACCGCCGGUACAGGGAAUUCCCACUUUGACUCUCGGGGUGGAGUAGUAGGAGGAACCAUUGACCUCAAUGACCUUAAUCUCUUCGUGGAAGUUAAUGAAGAUCCUGAACAAGGGAAGCAACCCUUACACAGUAUGGGAGUCUCGCUGUACACCAUUGAGUGUCGUAUGGAUUACAUGGGCUCCAGUGUCCUGAUGGCUCGACUCAAUGAAUUCAGAAUUGCUCUGAAGGAUGAAUGGCUAGUCCAAGAUAAACCAACAAGUGACACUCCUUUGGCCACUACAAGGCCUGCUAUCUUGUUUGCUCAUGGCGACCUGCACUGGGAACAGUUCCACAUGAUGAUCUCUCGCUCCACCACUCCAGAUAUCAUUAAAAUGGUCUCCAAAAUAGAAGAGUUUUUCAUGAACCAAUUUACUAGUAGCAGGCGUGUGUUGAUGACUCUUGGCCCCAAGUCAGGAGCAAAGAGAGGAAGUGAACGCAGAAAAAUGUCUGAUGAUGUUGAUUGUAUAUGGGACAUUCGGCACCACAGACACUGGCAGAGAGCUCUAGAACUAGUGGUUGGAUGCCGUUUUUCUAUGCUGCCUAGCAUGAUGCCAAAGGAGGGCACAAUACUCGGUGGGAACAUGACCUUGAAAGGCAAAAACCUGACCUUGGCCUGUUUCCAUGGGAUGAAUUUCAAAGCCAAGUCAUGGGCUCUAUUUACAAUGCAUGAACCUUACAUAAUAUUUGCCACUGAGUCUCAACAGCUGCCUGAAGGAGGAAUCCAUGUGAUCCAGAAUCUGAACUUUUACAUUGGGCAUGACCUGACACAGCAUACGAAGGAGCAGCACAUGGCCUACAUCUGUAUGCUGAGUCGGGGCCACUCUAUGCCUCCUUCCUUCACAAGUGUCCAGGAAUGGUUCCACUACACUCUAGCCACAUCUGAUAUCAAAGGACUUGACUGCUUCCCACAGAUGCUUCAUGAAGAAGAUGCUCUGGAAGCGCGUCGGAUCAGGAAGGUACAGGCCUAUAGUCACGACACAGAGAUGAUCUUUCUCCUGCCCUCUCUCCAACUCCAGCUAAAAACCAUUCACAACCAGUCUCAACAUGAGCCAAAACCUGAUGACCCUCGUCCUGUUGUGGAGUGCAGUUUUGUCACAGAGUUUGAGGAUCAUAUUUUUGUUGCCAUGGAUGCAGAGGUCAUUCUGUUCCUUCAUGACCUUAUUCUGUCGUAUAUCAAGGAGAAGGACAAAGGGACUAAACCUCCAUACGGAACAAGUUCUAAAUCUCCACGAACCCCAGAAACAGAGAGAAAGAGGAUAACAGACCCCACAUCUGCUCUGAAGGAGGACUGGAGGGUGUUCGAAUGUAAUACUUGGCAUCUAGAGCCCACAGUCAGACUUCUGCACUGGGCCAGUAAAGGUAAAGAAAUUGACACAGUGGUAGUGGACUAUGUCUUACAGAAGCUAGGAUUUUCUCAUGCUCGAGUCACCAUUCCAAAAUGGAUGCAGAGAGGAUUCAUGGAUCCACUAGACAAACUGUUAUCAUUCCUGAUAGAAAAGCUCAUUCUCGCUCUCAAAACUCAAGAAAAAGAAGUUGCUGAGGAUGCAUAGAUUUU